CUUGUAUGGGCUUCGGAUAUUGUUGAACAUCGCUCAAGCAUUCGAUCUUUCUAGCUGCUUACGAUCGAGUCGUCAAAUUUGAAAACAUCAGAGGCGUCUUCACAAGUCUCGACUCACAAACAAUACCCACCACAUCGCUAAACCGAUCGCCACUCACGAUGACUCAGCGACCUCAAUUCUCACGUUCGAGUUCGUAUGGACGCAAAGUUGUUCGACAUAGUCAUCAUUCCUCAACAACUUCCAUGAAGCUACAGAGUCCAACGAAAAGUACACACCAUAGCGGCGCUAGGCGUGACGAUCAGCGGAAUUCUCAUGAGAGCGAUGAUGACUCAGGGGCCGGUUUUCUUCAAUUCUGUGCCACAUGUGAGAAGCAAAUCGUGUCGCCAGGUCAGGCCUUAUAUUGCUCCGAGAGCUGUCGGAAACGCGACAAUGUGCUGGACGAAUACCUAUCUUCACCAAUGCCAUCUCCAUUACUAUCACCAUCGUCACCACUACACGAAAUACCGCACUACCCGCACUUCGACAUUGUCCCACAACGCUCUCCAACGGUCCUGAAACCAUUGUCAUUUUCUUUCGCCGGCUUAUCAAUGGCAGACCAAGGCUCACGUCAGGAUCAUGAUCGUGACCAUCGAUACAACCCUCGCCAACUCUACGAGACGGCAAGAUCAAUGACAUAUCUCCCAAGCGAUCAUGUCUCAUAUCAGUCGACUGGACAGCGCCGCAACCAAGGGACGCGCGCCUCAGCCGAUAGCUACAUUCCGUCGCUCUCGCACACGCCGGGUUCAUCUUACGGCACACUCAAUUCAAGCUCAUCAUACCAGCUGCCACAGAGCUCUCGAUUUCCCCAACGUGCAAUGUCCUUCGCUGCUACCUCUGCGGAAAUUGGCCUGUCGCAGCCGAGAACAACUUCGGCACUUUCGGAAGCAGCGGCGUCGGCACACAUGUUACGUGAUGCUAGCAUGAAGAGCAGCGUCAGUACUUUGACAUCAUUCCGGUUCGUCGAGGCGGAUAAGUCAUCCUCAGGUGCGAGCAUACGGAGCCCGGACGGAGAUGAACCCGGGCCACCGACGGAGUUCGCUCACGUUAGCAGCUCGCUCCGCAGAUUGUACUCUGCAAAACAGCCGUUAAAGUCGCCUCGCUCAUGAGCGCUGGACUUGACGAGCGACCGCCUCUGUGAAUCAUGUUAUUUUGUCGGCGAACUCUUGGGAUGUUGUGGCAUAUGGAUGCGGCUUUGCAUUUUCGGAAACUAGGCAUUGAAGCGGCACAGUG